GGAGCCAUCUUGGGUCUCGGUAUGGCUGUCUGUGCGAUGUGUGAGGAAGGGAAAACAGAGAGUCGAGCUCACGUUGUGUCCAUUUACGACAAACUGCUGGCCCUGUAUGACGACCUUGACCCUCUAGACAACAUAGUCCAGUCGGUCAGUGUUUGUACGGCCUGUAUCGCGGGCGCUGCAUUUAGCUCCAACAUUUUGUCGGUGACUAGAGUGGACACAGCCGUGGACAAACUGAUGACCACUCACUCAAACCACCCACAGGUAACUGGGGUGUGUCUGGCUCUGGGCAUGCUCUGUUACAGUCUCCGGAGGGCAGGUCACCCUGGAGUAGGGGAUGUGAGGACCAGACUGUGUGGUAGCUGGAUCAGGACUUUAUCAGCAGAGGACACAGCCCCGAUGGAAAAGGUAGCCAUAUUGAAUGGACUAAUGGCCUUGAUUGGAUCGGAGCGGACGCUAAUACCUGUCCAGAGUAGUGCUGUCAGUAGUGACCUGAACACUGAUGAUGUCAUCAAGGUCGCAUCACAGACUGUUGCCAGUGGAAACGACCUUGGAAUUCAGAACAACGCAGCCUGGAUGCUGGGUCACCUGUAUCUGUCAGCGUGUGCUGUUGCUGACACAAGAGCUAGUGUGCCCUCUACCUACGGAUACCUGCCUGAGAAGAGUUUCCUACGAGCUGUAGUGGACUUUAUGGCAGAAGCUGGCAAAGCAGGAGCAGAAACUGUACCAAAGGAACAAGUUGAAUUGGCCUUGACCUCACUACAAGAGGAAGUAGAACAGGCACUGCCCCCUAUAAAUUGGGCAGGGCUGUUGACUCCUAUGAUGAGGAUGGGAUUCGGUGAUGCGGUGCGACGUCUCAGUUUAAAGUUGGCUGUGAAACAGAGUGGAACAGCUCCCACAGCGGCCUUGUUCCUCACGACGUGGAUGACCUUGCCUUUACUAAGUACACUAGAUGAGAGUUGUCAGAUGGCUCUGUACGAUGCCCUGCCAGUCCUGAUUCGCUCCAUUUCACCGACAGCUAUCGGAUCACUCCUGGAUGUAGGAUCUAGUCAAACCUACAUCAGUCCGGACGGUAUCCUAAACCAUGCCCUACUUCAUGUCCUAACUGGACUGACCAAUGCCCUCAAGGUGAAUGACCCACCAGAGGCAGUGACCGCUGUCCUGUACAAGGCUGUGGGUACACUCUACACCAAGCUGGCAUCGUCUACUCAGGUGUCAGUGCUAUGUGUGCUGGCUGAUUGCCUUGGUAACCUACCUGAUGAUCUCUUUGAUAAAGUAACCGGUGAGGAUUUCCUGUACGAUACGAGUCAUUCUAACGGUUGUCUAGUUCGCUGUUACUUGGUGGCCCAAGGGAAGCAACCCAUAGCCAUUCUUAACAGCUGUAUUGAUGCUACCUUCAACAACAAAAGAUGCAACCGUUCUCUGAUAUCCAAAUAUCUACAGCACUGCUUCUAUCAGAUGACCAAAACAAGGUCAGAGUUCACUGGGGUUAUGCAAAGGUUACAAUGGCUGGUUGAACUCUUGGGGCAUGUUCGUAACAUAGCAACAGGGACUACAACUCUAUCAGAUGACAUUACAAGCAAAAUAGAGGUAAGUCUUGAAUGGGAAAAUAUUGUUAAAAAUGUUCUUGAUGGAACUACUGCCUGAUUCAAGAUUGCUGUUAUGGUGUUCAUCUUGAAAAUCUUACACAUGUCCAAACUUCAGUUGGGCUAUGUAGAUAUGUUGACCAUUUACAACUAAUUACUUAAAGUCUUCUAUUGAUGUAUCUUCGGGAAUGCCAGUAAUUCUUCAUUAUCCAUUUAGGAGGAGUAGCAAUAAUGAGAGAAUUGUUUACAGAUGAACGGACAGACAACAGUGUACUCUGACAAAAGAUUCUGUUCUGCCAGGAGAGACAAAAACUGAACAAGAUAAUUGAUAACAUUAAAUCAGGUGAAAUUAUUUGAC